UAUAGGCUGAAUCGAGAGAUUAAUGACUUCUACGAAUACGCGAAGCCUACUAGAGCAGAAACCUUUGCGCGGAAAAACCUCGUCGAGCAAAUUCGCGCAGACGUGCGCGCACGUCUUCCAAACCAUAUCCUAGAAGUAUUUGGAUCGGAACGAACAGGCAUGGCGCUCGCGCUGUCCGACAUCGAUCUGCGACUUGUCAAGCGUGACGACUUGGACCAACAGGCGUCAGACAAGCCACCCACACCCGAGGAGCGGAGGGAUAUUCUUCGGAACUUGUACGAUCUCCGGUACAAAGUUUUUGACAACGCAAAGACCGCAGCGAAAUACCUGCAGCCGACUGUGCGGCACGCUCGAUAUCCUCUGGUCGGAGUGCAAGAUCGUGGCUCGGGCCUCGAAGUACAAGUCGUGGCGUCCAACGAUACCGCCAAACAGAGAGAAUAUAUACAGCGGUACAUGAAAGAGUACCCUUACAUCCGACAGACGUACGCGGUGAUCAAGACCAUGUUUGACCAGCGAGGGCUUUCAGACGUUUUCCGAGGAGGCUUCGGAUCAUACCCGCUCUUUAUGAUGUUAGUCGUAAGUCUGCAACAGCAGCCAAACCAAAGGAGGGAUGCAGCCGGUGCCCUUAUCAACUUCUUGUACUACUGGGCAUACUUCAAGACCAAGGAGAAGGGCGUCUCCGUUUCUCCUCCUGAGUACUUUGACAAGAAGGAGAAUCCUAUCCUUACAGAAACCUUGAAAGCGAAACUAGACGCGGGAACAACGAAGCCUCUCCCAAACUACGUCCUCUCCCUCCGCGACCCAGCCGAUGAAACAAACGACCUAGGCCGCAAAGCAACAUCCAUCCUGCACGCCCAAGCCACCCUCCGCUACCUCAUCGCCAACAUAAUCGAGAACCUCAACGCAAACAACCGCCCCAGCCUCCUCGCCGAGAUUGUUGGCGAGGUCUACGCCCGCGACCGCGUCCGCCGCGAGAGGCUCACCGAGCACGGCCUUUGGGUACAGAAGCAAGUGCUGAAGUCGUUUGCG